AUGGCCGACGAAGAUCCCAAGUCUUACAAGAGGAGUCACUCUGACUUUGCGGACCAAGAUGCCUCAGACAGCUCCUCGGACGACGAUAUGGGCCCUCAGCUGCCCUCGCAAGCUCCCAAGAAGAAGCGCAAAGUCCUACCCUACGAGAAACUCUACGUCGCCGCCCUCCCCAAAUCCCCCCGCUACUCCAAGUCCCUCAUGCACAAGGAACAACUCGCAUUCGUCAACGUCACACCACUUACCGACUUCCUCAUCACCUCGUCCGUCGACGGCGUGGUGAAGUUCUGGAAGAAGAUGGCCCAAGGGAUCGAGUUCGUCAAGGAGUUCAAGGCGCACCAGGGGGAGAUCAGGUCCGUCUCCGUCAGCGCGGACGGGCGGAGUUUCGCGACGGCCGGCGCCGACGAGACCCUCAAGAUCUUCGACGUCAUCACCUUCGACCUGCUCGCCAUGGUCAACCUCUCCUUCGCCCCCCGGUGUCUGUGCUGGGUGCACAAGAGGGGCGCCUCCCUUCCGCUCCUUGCCGUGUCGGAGUCCGACAAGCCGCUCGUGCACAUCUUCGACGGGCGUGGCGAGAAGCAGGAGCCCGUCCACACCAUCAAGUCGCUGCACAGGAGCCCCGUCACCAUCAUGGCCUUCAACCACCGCUUCGACUGCGUCGUCUCCGUCGACGAGAAGGGCCUCGUGGAGUACUGGAGGCCCGGCGGGGACUACGAGAAGCCCGACAACGUGUUCGAGUUCAAAGCCGCGACGAAUCUCUUCGACUUCAAAAAGGCCAAGGCCGUGCCCACCUCCCUUACCAUCUCCCCGGACGGCAAGCAGUUCGUGGCCUUUUCGCAGCCCGACCGCAAGAUCCGCGUGUUCGAUUUCGCGUCGGGCAAACUGCACCGCACCUACGACGAGUCGCUGCAGGUGAUGGAGGAGAUGCAGCAGGCCGGCACCGCCAUCCGAAAGUUGGAACCCGUGGAGUUCGGGCGGAGGGUAGCGCUGGAGAAGGAGAUCGGGUCGCCGCCGUACCGGGACAAGGCCAACGUCAUCUUCGACGAGUCGGGGCAUUUUAUUAUCUACGGGUCCAUGCUGGGCAUCAAGGUGCUCAACACGUACACCAACCAGGUCGUCAAGGUGUACGGCCGGGACGAGCACCUGCGGGCCGUGCACCUGGCGAUCUACCAGGGCCAGCCGCAGAAGAAGGGCAUCACGACGGUGGAGAUGGGCGCGUCCAACAACCCGCUGCUGCAGGAGUCGGAGACGCGGGACCCGAUCCUGGUGGCGACGGCGGUGAACAAGGGGCGGUUCUACCUGUUCACCAACGAGGCGGAGGUCUCCCGGGCGACGCGGGACGUGCAGAACGAGAAGCCGACGGUGCUGCUGGGGCAGCGGAAGGCGUCGGAGACGGCGAAGCGGGCCGAGACGACGGGCACGGCGGCGGUCCUGCAUACCAACUUUGGCGACAUCCACGUCCGGCUCUUCCCCGACGCGGCGCACAAGGCGGUGGAGAACUUUGUGACGCACAGCAGGCGGGGUUACUACAACAACACCAUCUUCCACCGCGUCAUCCGCAAGUUCAUGAUCCAGGGCGGCGACCCGCUGGGCGACGGCACGGGCGGCGAGAGCAUCUGGGGCAAGGAGUUUGCGGACGAGUUUAGCACCUUGAGGCACGACAAGCCUUAUACGGUGAGCAUGGCCAACGCGGGGCCCAAUACCAAUGGGAGCCAGUUUUUCAUUACCACGGAGAAGACGCCCUGGCUUGAUGGCAAGCAUACCAUCUUCGGACGUGCGACGCAAGGCCUGGACGUCAUCCACAAGAUUGAGAACGUCCGGACAUACAAGGAAAAGCCGGAGGAGGAUGUGAAGAUAUUAAACAUCGACAUUGUGUAG